AUGAGUUGCCGUCGUACUGUUCCCACUUCCAAUUUCUCCCCUCUCCCAGCAGCCAUGUCUUCACCGUGGAAGAAGCAGCCGGAGGAGGUGGUAGACUGCGUGCUCAAGCGUGCAGAGGUCAGCAAGAUUGCCCGUCGACUGCAAAAUCGCCUCGCACUGGCCCAGUUCAAGACAAAGCAUGGCUGGGAAGACCUCACGCUCGACUCGAUCGAGCCGAAGCUAGAGGAGGAAAUGAGACGGAAGCGCCUGUGUGACGGCGACAUCCUCUCCGACUCCUCAUCGAGCGCAUCCGAUCUCCCAUAUCCCACGAGAACACUCAUGAGCUCGCCGCUCAAGGCGCCGCUCUUUUCCGAUGCCGUUGGCUCGAGCAACGGGAGCACCGGCCACCGCAAGCGCACCUACUUUGCGUCGUUCGAGCACAACACGUCUAGCCCUAGCAAACGAUAUCGUGCAUCGCCGACGGCGCACAAGUCUUUCUCUGGCCACGCCACUUGGAAGGACAACCAUCAGCUAGCCCAGUCCUCGCCCAUCAAGCCGCGCAGGCUCCCGCACUUCACCACAUCUGCCGGCCCCGACGUGUCCUUUUUCCAACAACGCCGCAUGACCGAUGCACUACGAUCGCCCAACUUUGCCGUACCAUCCGACGAUGACGAUGAUCUUCCUGCACACUCGUUCAGUGUCAAUAACCUCCGGUCCUCGCCCCCUCGCACACCGCCGAUGCAGCCUCGGAGCGUUGCGAGCAAACGCAGCAAGGACCACCUGGAUGGCGGAAAUCAGGGCAAGACGGGCGAGGAAGGUGCUGACCUUUUGCUGUAUCUGGCCGCGUCGCCGUCCCCGGCGGUCAAGACAAACAGGGGACGCAUGGAGGGCCUCUCCACGCCGCCCCCAAAGACCAGCAAGCUGGAUCUCCCCUCGUCCAUGAUGACCACCCCAGGCGGAGGCAACUUGUUCCCCAACACACCCGGACAGGGUUUCGACUUUGCCGACUUUGUCAAUAUCUCGCCGAGUCCAGCACAGAAGCAAUGGAGAACCCCAGGACGUGCCAUCGCUCGCACCCCGCUCAGUGUUGCAAGAAGACGCCUGACAUUCGAGGAUCAACCGCUGCCAUGA